CCACCGAUUUCGCAUCUGGGGCUGGCAGCCUCCGCGUCUUUCUCCUCUCCCUUUGGGGGCGCUUGUGGGGCAGCAUCCAUGGCUUUCCCUGGGGUCCUUCUGCUGCUGUUGAUGGGGGCGCUGGCCCGGAUCCCCGGAAGCGAAGGGGGGAAGGAGACCCCCGCCCAUUUCUUGUACCAGACGAAAUCCGAGUGCCGCUUCUUCAACGGGACGCAGCGGGUGCGGUUCCUGGACUGGGACAUCUACGACCGGCAGGAGAUCGUCCGCUUCGACAGCGACCGCGGGAAGUUCGUGGCCAUCACGGAGUUGGGGAAGGCGGCUGCGGCCAACUGGAACAGCGAUAAGGUCUACUUGCAAUCCAGGAAGGCGGCUGUGGAUUCCUUCUGCUGGUACAACUAUGGGGUGGCCCAGAGCCAUUCUGUGGUUGGCCGGAGAGCCAAGCCCUCCGUCACCAUCUCCCCCACCAAGAUGGACCCCACUUCUCCCAACACCAUCCUCCUCUGCACCGCAACGGGCUUUUACCCCGUGGAGAUCGAGGUCCAGUGGCUGAAGAAUGGGAGGCCGGAGAAGGAGGGUGUGGCCUUUGGGGAGGAACUCCAGAACGGAGACUGGACCUACCAGCUCCAGGUGAUGCUGGAGACCCAGACCCAGCGGGGGGACGUCUACACUUGCAAGGUGGAGCACGCCAGCCUGGAGGCCCCCAUCACCGUCCAGUGGGAGCCCCGUUCCUCCAGCUCUGCCAGGAGCAAACUCUGGACGGGGAUCAUGGGGGCCGUGAUAGGAGUGGCCUUCCUGGCUGUGGGGCUCUUCUCCUACCUGAAGAGCAAGAAAGCAACUCCCAUCCAACCACCUGCAGCACUCAUGAAUUAAUCCUGCUCUCCGAUGGUCUGUAAGGGGUCUUUAAGGGGCCUGCCCCUCCCUUCCUUCUGCUGACGUCGCCUCUCAGAUCUCCGGAAGCGAGGAUCCUCCCACUUUGAAUUCUCUUCAGCUGGAUCUGCUAAUUCCAGCAGGUGGCUGGCUCCCUGCUCACAUGCUGUAGGAGUGAGAUUUGUUUGUUCAUUCCUGAUAUCCUGUCCGGGCAUGGGGCCAGGGCCGGGGGCUGGAGGCAUGACAGGCCAUUCAUCUUCAUUAUCAGACUCCGAGUCUGAUAGCAGACCCCGGACGAGACGGGAGGGGCCCGGCUGAGGAGAGGAGGGAGGACGGGGCACAACAGCAGCCUUGAAAAGUAGCUCUGGGUUUGUAAAGUACUGCUUUAAAUUAAAAGUCUUGGAAAACAAUUUAAACAGGAGCAUAGGAAGGAGAAAGGCCAAAAAAAAAGGACUGUUAAAUUGGCCACACCCAGCCAGUCACAUGACCACCUAGCCACGCCCAGCCAGACAGUCCCCCCGCCCCCAACAGUCUGAGGGACUAUGAAUCGGCCCCCUGUUUAAAAAGUCUGAGGACCCCCUGAUGUAGACUGUCCCCAGGGACGCUGGGCCAACCUGUCACCCGAUCUCCCCUGGCUUUGAACCCACAGCAGCUUCGUCACCAUCACUCUUCCUCUGAGUCACUUCCCUUCUCUUCAUUUUGCUAUAAAAGAAUAAACUUUAGAAA